CACUAAAAAGCUCAUAUUUGUAUUCCAGGGUCCAUACAAUUUGAUAAUGUACAACACCUCAAACUGCAUUAAGGAGCAGCCUUGGUUCCACACCAACGUCACAGUCCUCAACGGCAAAGUCCUCCGCGGCACCGUCGUCAGUCAGAAGGAAAUAAAGAAUGUCAAGUUCCGCGUUCAAACGUUCUACUUAGACCAAGGAAAAAUAAAAAUUUUCGAGAUAAAGAACCAGAAUUGCCAUAAUUCGAUCAUACAGAUAGUGCUGAAAACAAUUGGCAUAACCUACAAUAGUCGGAAGUGCACGAUGAAACCGUUGACUGCAGAGUUUGACAAUCUGAACUUGGAUGCAGUCCUUCACAUGGUGGUGCAGAAGAUCUGGUACGGCUCCGUGAUAAUCAGCUGGCAGAUCGCCGUGCCCACCGCCACGAUCAUGUGCCUCGAUAUCCACAUGCAGAUUGUUAAAGCUGAGAGUGUGGACAAUAAGGAAAAUUCCUAAUCGCCAUGCAAUUU